AUGACGGUGACGGUGACGCCGUCGACUUCCGACGUCGCCGACAAGGCGGUGUCGACGGACGAUGGCGGCAGCGGCGGCAUGGAGGUGGCGCGUCUCGAGGCCGUCCUCGCCGCCCUGGUGGAAACGAAGGUGGAGGCGAUGAAGGCAUCGUCGACGCUCAGCCGACGUUCCGGCAGCGCGCCCGCCAGUCCGCGUCGACCUAGAUUGACCUCGACCUCGACGGCCUCCUCCUCAUUGAACCAUCACCACCACCAUCACCACCAUCAUCAUCACCAUCAUCAUCACCACCAUCGUCGCAAACGUCACGACUCCGCGCCAUGCGGGAGUGAUUACCUCAACAACGCGGCGGAUCAUUCUCAGCACAAAUUAUCUAACGGAAGGGGACGGAGAAGAGCCUCCGAAAGUCCUCGAAGCCCUCGAAAGAAGCGCAGGCAUUCGAGGAGCCCAAAUGUUCUUCAAGGCGUCGUCCAAGACGUUCACGCCGGCCUCGAUUCGCGCUUCGAGCUGCUGGGCAUUGACGGCGACCAAGACGUGGCCCUAAUAAAUUUCGAAAGGGCUAAAGAAGUCCUCGGCGACUCCUGCGAAUAUCCGCGGCUGCACCGAAGUGCCUGCUACUUUUCUCAAAGCGCAGCUCAAUUAAAAAUUCAUUACGACGACGAUGACUACGUGGCGUUGAACGUAGCCGACGAGCUGGAGGAGGAGGAGACUCUGAGCGGACCGGAGAAGGUGGACGAGACUCAGGGACGGUAUCACCGGCCGCGGAGAAAGCGCAAACGUAAACGACGCAAGAUCGAUCCCGUCGUUGGUCCGGACUUGGAACUCGUCGAUCCGGAGGAACUCCCGCCCCGCGCGCGCUGGACGAUCGUCGCGACCGCUUGCCUUCUGCUCGCCAUGUCCCUGCUCCUGGUCGGUGUUACGCUGCGAAUGGCGCCUAUAAUUGACGACAUGGUGCGGAAGGAGAACGAGGAGCUGUUCAACUCCCUGAACAGAGACAUUUCCGUGCCCGAGAACGUCACGGCGCCUCCCUAAGACGGGGUGAAUUCUUCCGGACGGAAAUCCAUCGCUCGUCUGCAGCCGAUCUCGAUAUUUGCUUCAGCCACGUGACACAGGCAUCCUCGUCUCGGAGCGCGGAGCACGACGGCGGACAGCGUCGUUCAGGAAUCAACGUGUCGCCGACGCGUCUCGUUUCACACGGAGAGACGUCCGGGUGAGAAAUUCCGAGGCGAGAGGGUGAGAAAGAUUGACAGGUUUCCGCCGGGAUCGGCAGCAACGGCUGAUUAGGUGUAUCGCAGCAUUUUAACGCGGCGCUCUUCAGAGACGCGUCCUUGUACCACGGCAUACAUGUAUGUCGCAGAAACGUUAUUGCGACGUGCUCACGAAAAGUCCGAUCGCGGUGCACACCGUAUGUUGUACAUCGUCGAUUGCAUUGUCGCCGCGUUCGAAAACGGUGCGUUGGUACAUAUAUAUAUAUACACAUAUAUAGUAUAUAUCUCGUGUCGAUGCAGACUAGGUGCCCUCAAUUCCAGCAAGCCUCACCAAUAAGGGCUCACUCUGAUUAGAAACACAAGUCGGAAUACAAUCUGAAAAAAAGUUCAGUCAAAUUAACCACUUGUGUAAUACUUAAACUUAAAUGAUAAACAUUUUUAUUCGAUCGAAUAAAUGCGCUUCACAUCGAAUUUGGCGAUUUUUAACGUAGCUGCAGCAAUCACUUGUCUCACCGCCCCCCUCCCCGGCAAUUGGUCUGGUGUUACAUGAUUCCUCGUAAUAAAUACGAAGCGAUUAAGAGCGCCUGAUCUGCGUGGAAGCGAGCGGUAAUCUUCUUCAGGUGCGCGAUUACGAUCCUCGACGAUUGAGUUCGCGCGAGUUUCGUCGCGAAAUUUAUCCCGACGAUAAAAUCACACACCGAAAUGUCAACAACGAAGGAACGAUUUAGGGGUCACGCGAGAGAGGGUGCCAUAUAGAACGUGGUGGCAUCUGACCGUCCGUCCGUCGGCGAGGAAAUCGGCCGGUGCAUGAGACCCUCUCGACUAUUUACUUUCUCGGAUGCGAGAGGAUAUGGUACGUGGCCCGAAUCGGGUGCACGUGAGUAUAUCGAUCCGCGUGAGUAUCAACACGCGAAUGCAUAGCUUUCACGAGCCUUUUACGCGGAGAGAUCCGCGAGAAAUCGUACCGUUCAAGACAAAAAAAAACCGACGAUAGGGAUAUGUUAGACUCCUCGGUGCUUUUUUACAUGUCUUCCAGAGACGAGAAAGGACACGAGCUCAAUCAAUGAAGAGGCUCUCUCGGGCCGCACGCUGAUUCCUCACGGCCGACGACGACGGCCUGGAACGACGUUUUUCGUGCGUGUAGAAAGCUGUACAUAAAGAAAAAAAAAAAAACGUUCGUUUGUAGUUACGCAGAUCGGAAGGAUAGUCGAGAUAAGAGCCAAAUUUGUUGUUGUCAAUUGUAAGAUAAAUUGUCAUAAAAGAUAACGCCCGCCGAGAUCGCGCGACGUAAGAAAAAGAUGAGAAGAGGAAACGCGCCAUUGGCAAUCGGUUAUUAAAAUGAGUACCUGCAGCGUGCGCGCGUGCGUGUGCGUGUCCGUACAUUAUUUUACGAGUAAGGAUACAAUUCACGCUUCGCACGAAACAGUCGAAUAUUUUUAUUCGCUUCAUCUCCCUCCCCCUCGCUACUCCCGAUGCAAUUUCCCCGUUCCCGCUUUUGCGACUAAUUGCUUAAAGUUUUAUCGGAUAUUUUUUUCGCCACGAUGAUGGCGAUUCAGCAGCGAACUUUUUCCGAUACAUUUAUAUCCGCAAUCUUUUUCUAAGCGAACGUGGAAAAAUAUUUGCCGAGCAUAAUUCGAUCCUAUAAAUCUCGUAUUUCGCAAUUAAGCGAUAUCCGUCAUUUCCAAUAUAUCUAUAUAGCAAGAUAUGCGAAAUGUAUAUUCUGCGUCUCUAUAAAUUUAUCAAAUUUUGUUAGGCAAAUAUCCAUUAUUUUUAUAUACGUUAUCGUUACCCGCGAGUGAAAACAUUCGGAAUUUUUAUCAUUGAAUUUCAUCAUUCCCGUUUUUGUUCGGCUCGUGAUUGAAAUUAUUUCAAUUUCGAAACGUCAGGUUAAAUCUGAUGUCGCUGAAACACAUGACGUUUCGUGCGGCAGGCAAAAGGGCCAGAGAGAAAGAGUGAUAUAUAUCGAUAAAAUAAAAUAUAGCUUUUUCGUACAUAUGGAUGCCGUUUGUGUACCGAUAAAUACAAUCUGAUUUAUACCGAAAAAUAAACCGUCACAUUUGGGGCGAGCGGAAAGUUCUCUGUGACACGACAGGGUCGAAACUUCGAUAUUGCUAAGGUUGAAAGAAAUUUAUAUAGGAAUUUCGCGAAAAUCGCUCUCGUUCACGAAUGCUUCUCUCGCGUUAAACACGGGGGUAAAUUGAAUCGUUCCGAUUCAUGUACGAAAAUUAUUUUUUUUUUAGAACCAUGACGUUCAUCACAUUGAUUGUUUGACUAGCGUGCCAAGCGCAUUAAAACGUAAACGCAAUUUUUGUCAUAUGCCAAAAUUUUAUUUGUUUUUUCCGCAUGAAUGUAGAAACGAGCGUGAUAUUUCGGUAAACUAAUUUCAAUUAAAGUAUCUUUUUUUUUUCGAGAGAAGCACGGUUUCGAACACGGAUUUUUAUAUAAAAUAUCUAUAUCGCUAACAUGUUAUAGUUUGUUACCAGUUGUGUUGAAGCCAUAUACCAUAUAUUUAUCCGGUAAUCACAUACAGUGCUUUAUGAAGUAGUGUUAGUGUACAUUUAAUAACAUUCUUUGAAGCCUAUUCCUUCUAUUUAAUUUUAAUAAUACUGUUUAAAAUUUUGACGUUUUGGAAUGUAAUCCAUUAAGCUGCUAUUCCCUCUCCUGAAUUAAAUGGCUUCACUUCAUUUCUCGGAGUUAGCGAUCUAGGAUGUAUAUAGAAAUCUGUGGUUUCCAAUCUCUGCGAGAGUUCGCCAGCGAAUCGCUACGGUUUGACGCGGGAAGACUUUUUCUAUCCGACAAUGAGAUAUAAUGUACGAUAAACGUCUAUAAAUACUGUCGGAGUUUACAUACGCGCAUAUAUGUAUAUAUAGUGACACAUUAGCCCCCACAAUGCCGUUUCCGCGAUGUUAAAAUUAAUCCGCGACGCGCGGAAUAUCGCGAGCGCUUGAGAAAGAGAUGAAUUUUAGAAUUUUCACGACUACUUGUUACACCAGGCUCACACACGUAUACGUCGAACGUAAGAUAAAAUACGUACGUCACUUCGAGGUGUCACGAUCGUCGCGACAGAUCGAUCGCAGAUGAGGAUGCGGCAAGAAGAAUUUUUUUCUUCGUCCUUCGACCAAUCUCUUCGACACGUCAAUUUCUCUGUCCUGUGUGCCGAAUUAAACGCGCCUGCGUUGCUCCGUUUCCGCUGUCUAUUCUAAAGGUAACCGUCCUAAGAGAUUAUGUUUCACCGCUGAGAAACCAUUAUAUUGUAUUGUACUUCACCGAGAUCGCGUUCGAUAUCCGUUGCUCUAUAUUCUACGAACGACCGAGGGGAGGAUCAACGAUGCAGGCUCGAUCGAUUGACUUGAUCGCACGCAUCGGACGACUGUUUAUUGAACAGGGAACGAUCAGUUUGACAGGCAUGUUCGCGUCGCACAAUCAAUCGGCAAACGUAUUGUCGCCGAUCUUUCGCGAUAUGUAGAUCGGGCUUUUUUCUUUUCUAUAGAUAGAAUCGGCGAUUGGAGAUCGUUUUUUUCGCAGGCGGCGCAGGCCGAUUUCGCCGAUAUAGGUUUGUUAACGUAGUCUUAAAGCAGCUCACACGGCCGUAGAUCUCUCGCCGGAAAAUACCUCGGCCAUAUAUAGCUCUCCGGUCGUCGAUCGACUCGGCGACUCGGGGAGACGAGACACAAUAAUUCGCUACACGUUGCGUAUAAAAGAAAAGAGAGAAACCUUUUCUAUAAAGAGAUAUAUUCCCCCUUUUUUACCUGUAAUUACUAAUUUCUAGGGCCACUUGGUAGACGUUACGUAGCGUUACGAGGACCUUUUUUCACUAAGCCUGUCUCUCGCGCGACGAGCCUUCCACCUCCCUUCUUUUUUGCAUACGCUUGGAGAUCACUUGGCCUAACGCGAGAGAUCCGUUUAAUAAGCGAGUCUAAUAAAUAGCUUAGUACUUCAUGGCGCUCGGCGACUUUACCCGAAGGUAGUCUCGAAGAGAUCCCACGAGGGAUGGCAAAAUCGAGCGUUCGCGCGUUAUAGUGGACGUUAGAAAUCCUUCGAGGAUAAACCAGAUAAAAGGUGGAGAGAGAGAGAGAGAGAAAUAUUUGCGCUGGUCGCGUUUUUAUUUCUUACGACACUAUGAUACCACCGAGGAUAAUACAAUCGCCGUCGAGUUGGCAUCGCGUGACGAUUUUAAAAACGGCGAUGGACCACCCUCUUCGUCAAGGUCGCGCCAUUACUUAUUAAAAGUUUAAGCCACGAGAUUACGAGACGGCGUGUGCCAAACCCGCGUGCGUGUGUGCGUGGCACGUACUUUCCAAGUUCCCUUCGACAAUCAUAGUGCCGGUGUGCGGAUCGCUUGUGUGUGCGUUUUUACGAGAGAAGGAGAGGGCAUUUUCUGCGUCACAGAGCGGCGGCGUGGCUCGUUACACGAGCGAUAAGCUCCAAGCUCGGGAGAAAGAGAGAGAGAGAGAGAAAGCGGAUUCUGUUCUUCUCCGAUUCGUUGAUCGCGCUCGGAAUUGUCGAGCAGAAAUGACUCUCAUGCUUCUCGUUGCUUCUUAUACCCUAUAGCUUCGAUAUCGCGCCGGCAACUGCAACGCAUCCGCCGGCGGAAAAAUGUGUUCGCAAUAAAGAAAAAUAAAAAAAAAAGAUAAGGCACCGAUAAAACGUACAAAAUUUAACUUCAAAACUUCGUCUACAGUUGAUAUGACGUUAUUACCAGUAACUGGCAAUCGAGAGAUUCGCGAAUUGUGUGAAAGAGAGAGAGAGGCACAUAGCUCAAUAUUAUCGAAUUUCUCGAAAGAAACGUUAAAAAUCUGUCUUUUUUUCAGUGAAUAUUUUCUGAAUUCCACGUGACUUCGUGGUAGGUAAUAAUGCCUAAAUUAAUAAUGCAAAAGACAUUCGCAUAAUUCUUUUUCAGUGCAAUAAGAAAAAAAAAUCUCUUUACUCUUUAUUGCGCCAAAAUUCCUCAGUUAUUAAAUACUGAGGGCUUGGCAGGUCUCAAAAUGGUCAUUUUUCCUCAUUUAUUUUUCACGAGAUGCGAGAUAAUCUCUUUAAAACAAUGCAUUAAAUAAGGAACCAAUUUUGCGGUCUGGAUACAACUAUGAAAUAUGCACGCGGUUAAAAUCUGCGGUUAUUUUUUCGGUAAAAUUGGGCGACGUGCGUGACAUUAAAUAAUAAGCGGGGUAAAAAGCUGUGUGUGCAAGUUUCAUCUUGUCGCUCUCGUAUCGCGAGGCACGCGUGUUUUAUUCAAAAGGAAAAGAGUCACGCGACGUGGUGUAUUCCGGGCACGCUGACGAGAUUUUUCCAGCCAGGGAUUGUAGUAGUAAUAUAAUAAUCUCGACCGUCGAGGUGUGUAUCAUAGGCGAGGCGUUGUGAGAUGUUACAAUGGAUGAGAUAUUAUAAAAAAAAUUUAUGUUUCUAUAUUGUAAUAACGUUUAUGUAUAACGAGAUUAUUAUAAUGCAAAAAAAUAUACAUACUAGUUGUCCGGUU